AUGUCGAACAAUUGUUGCUCAGGAAACAUUGCUCUCCGUGAGUCGGUUAACCAAUUGAGAGGUAUGUUUACCCAAAGAUUUCUGGUUGAAUAUCCUAUUUUUUGGUGUAUUUAAUACCCUUUAGUUUGUUGGCUGUAAACUAUAAACAUUUUUGAAGUUCCAUACAAAAUUGAUAAUUUCACUUACAGCGAAGGUGAACAAGAACUUGGAGAAGGAGGAUAGCUUUUUCGGCGAUCCAUGUUACGGCGACUUUGCGAUCAAAGUUCGAGACAGGAUGUUUCAUGUAAGCAGUGUUUUCCCAUUUCGAUUUUGCAAUUUAGGUAUCAAAACAUCAAUUGGCCCUCGAGUCCAAGGUCUUUGCGGCAAUGUUCAAGUCGGACAUAAAAGUGGUGUGUGAGGGUGUCUUGGAACUUUGCGACGAUCCAGAGGCCGUGGAAGCCAUGCUCAAAUACAUCUACAUGUACAAAAAGGUGGAAGGCAGCGAAUUGGCGAGGGAGGUUGUUCAACUUGCGCAUCGUUAUGAAAUCAGUAAGCUCAAGGUAAAUAGCUAUUCUCGAAAAGCUCUUUGAGAUUUCAUGGACUCACAUCCCGAUGUUAUGCGUCUCAAAAAUAGUUCCUUUUCAACUUGUCAAGACACUACUGUUUAGGAUCAAUGUGAACUGGAACUCAUCGACAAACUCACGGUGAGUGAUGCAAUCGAUGGGAUACUCACAGCCGUUGAGCUGGAACUCUCACUUUUAUUUUCCAAAUGCAACGAGUAUCUGUAUCAUUACUUCAAGGACUUUGAUACACUUGAUUCUGGCGGUAAGUUACUGCAAAAAUGUAUCAAGGAAACAAGGAAAGCACGACAAUCCAGCGCAUUUCCUGAACCGUUUCGAAACUUCGUAUCGUUUUCAUUGAUUUAAAAGAGAGAUGAAAUGUCGCGAAGUUAUCGGCACUUUUUCUCGCCCGAAAUAAUUGCUUUUUCUUGAAAAGGAAGGAAAAAGAUAAGAAAAUGCGUUUUAUCGGAUAGUGACAUUUCGUUUUGAACGAAUCACCAAAAAGGGGCGGGAAUUUUUUUUCUUCUAUUUUGGAUUGACGUGGAAAGUAUAAUUUAUAUAAAUAUAUGUCUCGGCCGGUAACUCCAUACCCCAUAGAAGUACUUCUAAGGAAAGUACAAUUGUAAAAAACUUUAUUCUUCUCCAAAAUAUUUUCUGUGACGAAACGCCAAAUUGAUUAAAUCCUGGUCAGGAAAUAGCAUCAAAUACGUUGGAUUGGGUUCGAAAAUGUUGCAUUUCAUUUCAGAGACGAAAUCUGUUCUCGCCGCUAAACCACAACAAUAG